AUGAAUGUUAUCUGUGAUGAAGAAUUUCAUUGUACACUCAAUGGAUAUCUUCUUACAAGAACUUUUGCUUAUAACAAUAGUAUCACAAGUAUUGAUAUCUCGGGUGAAAUUGAAGCCAUUCCUUCAUUUUAUUUCACUGGAUGUAUUUCAUUAGUUAAUAUAUCACUUAACUGUAAGGUUAAAUCAAUAGGUGAUAUGACAUUCGCAUAUUGUUCUCAACUUGCACAAAUUAAUAUUCCAAACUCAUGUAUUUUUCUCGGACAGAAGUGCUUCUUGUACUGUAGUAAACUAGAAAAAAUAAUCCUUUCUGAUUCUCUUUCAAUUAUUCCAAAUCAAUGCUUCUAUUUUUGCAGCAGUUUGGCAAGUCUUGAACUACCAUCUAAUCUUACAAUUAUCGAAGACGAAUCAUUUUCAAAUUGUCAAUUAUGUCAUAUUCAUUUUCCAGACAGUCUUGCUGAAAUCAGACAAAAGGCAUUUUAUAAGAAUGAGUUAUUUAAAAUUGUAUUACCAAAUAGCUUAAAAUUUCUAGGAGAUUCUUGUUUUCUUUCAUGCCAUAACCUUACAAUUGUAGAUUUUGGCUUGUCUCGAAAUAUUUUCACUGAGUCUUAUGUUUUUUGCGAUUGCUCUAAUCUAAAGUUUAUAAACAUAUUAUAUAGUCAAAACUCAUAUAUUGGAAAAUUUUGCUUCCCCAGGCAUUGUAUUAUUAAUAUUACAUAUAAUUCAGAUAUUGAAAACAUCAAGACUUUCCCACCCAUCUUUUCAGGCAACGAAAAUGUUACAGCACUUACUGAAACACAUAUUACUUUUAAUGAGGACAUCAAUUUUUUGAUUCCUAAUAACUAUGAGAUUAUUGAUGAAUAUUCUUUUGAUGGCUGUAAUAAUUUAAAAAGAAUCAUCUUCCCUAUAUCAUUAAAGCAAAUAAUGAAAAAUGCAUUUCAUUCAUGCAAUAAUUUGAUUAGAGUUGAAUUUCCAGAUAGUGUUUUUUCAAUAGGCGAAUCGGCAUUUUCUAACUGCAUAAAUCUUUUUUCAAUAAAAUUUCCGAAUAAUUUCCCUACAAUUGAAACAGAACUUUUUCUUGCAUGCUAUAAGCUUGAAUUCUUAACACUGCCUGAGAAUUUAGAAAUAAUAAAAUCUAGAGCUUUUGGAGAUUGCAAAAGUUUGAAAUCAAUCAUAUCUCCAAGAACAUUAAAACAAAUUGAAACAGGUGCAUUUUCUGGAAAUGCAUUAUCCUCAAUCAAAUUUCAAUCUACACUAAAAUAUUUAUCAAUUUAUAAUUUUGAAGGAUCUAAUAACUAUAUAACUGAAUUUAUUUUUCCAGAUUAA